CGUGACGCAGACACGCAGCGGGCGCGCCGCGUCAUCUCGACGGCUCCGCGCUCCGCGUUUCAAAUGAGCGAGUGAGCGCAGAGCGGGGGGGCUGCUGCCGCUGCCGCUGCUGCUGCUGCCGCUGCUGCCGCUGAGCUCGCGAGAACCGCUGCCGUCGCUGAUGCUCGGCCCGCUGCUGCUGUUGCUGUUGCUGCUCGCUGCCCCGGGCUGAAAAUCGGGAAUGCGCCUCGCUGCACGAGCGCGCAACGCGAAUCCAUCAAGGAAUUCGUGCGGCGUCACGACGGAGUGGACCACGCGACCGAGUCCGGACAACUAAUUGCUGCUCCGUCUUCGUCAGAAUUACCGCAACCGCCGCCGCCACCACCAUCAUCAUCAUUAGUAUUAUAAUUAUUCACGGAAAUAGGAUCGAGGUGUGUGAAAUCAUUGCUUCGGAGGCAGGGGGGGGGAAACAUUGACCAUCAUCAUCGUUUUCGUCAUUUGGCGCCGUCUCGUUCUCAAGCGAAGACUCCGACCGAGUGGGUUUGUUGCUGAAUCCCAGUUGCGCAUCAACUUUGCGCGAUUUCAAUCCGUCCUCCGAAUUCCUCGCGUCGGUCUAAACCCCGACAAGCCGCGCCUCGACGCAACAUCGACCUCUUCGAAUCGGUUGUUUAAAAAAACGAAAAAUCUAUUCUGAAACAGAAUAACGGGGCUAUCGGGCGGGCCAAUCAAUCCGUGCACUCAAAUUGGUAUCACGAGACACAGAGACACGCACGCACACGCGCGCGCGCGCGCACACACACGCAGACACACACACACACACGCAGACACACACACACACACAGGCGCGCGCAGACGAACUCACUACGCACCACCACCUUUCGAACACUCCGUUAUGUAAUGCGCUUGCGGCCACAGCCGCCGCCGUUCUUCGCCGUGGACCAAGUGGGCGCCUAGAGGAGAGACACCAGAGCGAGGCGAGUCGCCGAAGAAGAAGAAGAAGACGAAGAGGAUGAAGGAGACAUCGACGAUGGAGGAGUCGUCGUCGUCAUCAUCGUCGUCCAUCCAAGGAACAGCCGGGAGGAGGAGGAUGUGGAGGAGGAGUAGGACGAUGAGGUCCUCCUCCUGGUUUCUCGCUGCGGGACUUCUGGUCGUCGUGUCGACGAGCGGCGCGUCGUCUUCGGCAUGUCCGGACGCGUGCAACUGCACCGUGCCCGGCCGACUCAAUUGCAGCCAGCUCAACACCCUGGGAGCCUUCCCCGUGCUCGAGACGGCUCCGGAUAUGGGCAACGUCACAGAGAUAUUGAUUGACAAGCAAGUGACGUCGCUCCAGAGCAUCAACGACAUCGAUGCCGAGUACUACAUCAACCUGCACAACCUGACAGUCAUUAAUUCCGGCCUGCAGUACAUUUCUCAGCGCGCAUUCAAGAACAACAACCUCCUGCAAAACAUUGACCUUUCCAAUAACAAGCUGACAAGCCUCUCUUGGAAGACCUUCCACGGACUCAACCUCUCGAAGCUGGUACUGACGGGGAACCCCUUCCAGUGCUCGUGCGCCCUGCGCUGGCUGCAGCACAUGCAGAGGGCGAACAGGGCCGGCCUGGCGCGCCAACGACUCACGUGCUGGGCGCCCGACCGCAACAUCACCGUCCGCCUCGUCGACAUGCAGAUCAACUACUGCCAACUGCCGGAGGUGAAGUUGGACCGAGAGACGGUGGUGGCGCGGGAGGGCGACGCCGUGUCGGUCACGUGCAACGUGUCGGGACACCCGGCUCCCGUCGUCAGCUGGGACACUCUGGACAUCUCCUCCGCGCAGGUGCCGCAGGUCGACUUGUUGUCAGAGUCGGUUACUGCCCUGCGCCUCUUCAACAUCUCGUGGGAGGACAACGACAAGAUCGUGUCGUGUGUGGCGGAGAACAUCGUGGGACAGACCCAGGCCUCCGUGUACCUCAACGUGCAAUACAAGCCGCGCAUUUUCGCGCUGCACGCACCACAGAGGGACCACGCCUGGUGCAUCCCGUUCUCGGUGCGGGGCAACCCCAUGCCCAAGCUCAGCUGGCUGUACCAGGGCGAGCCCCUCAACGAGUCCGACUUUGUGGCCACGACCUACACGGAGAAGCCGCUGUUCGAGGAGAGUCGCUCGGACGAGAUCCACGGCUGCCUGACCCUCGACCUGGCGUCGCACCACGACAACGGCAACUACACGCUCGUCAUCAGCAACGAGCUGGACCGCGACGUGCGCACCGUCUACGCUCACUUCAUGGACGCCCCAGAUAUUCUUCCAGAUGCUUAUUACGAGGAUGUCACGCAACCGUACAAUGAAAUAUCGCGUGUCGGAGAGGAUUCGUUUGCGGUGUACAUCGCUGUGAGCAUCGCCGCGUUUGUGUGCAUUCUCUUGGCGUCUCUUCUCGUCCUCAUCAACAAGUACAACCUGCGGAGCAAGUUUGGAAUGAAAGGCCCCGUGCCAGCGGUGAUCGGCAGCGAGGACUCGGCGAGUCCCCUGCACCACCACCAUCACCACGGCGCGUCGGGUGGCAGCGGCUCCUCCAUGGACGGCGGCCCUGACACGGUCCUCAUUGGACUCAAGCGCAUCCCCGUGAUCGAGAACCCGCAGUAUUUCCGCGCGACGCCCGCCUUCCUCGACUCGCCCGACUCCUGCUCCACCGUGAAGCACAUCAAGAGGCGUGACCUGAUGCUGAAGAGAGAGCUGGGGGAAGGAGCCUUCGGGAAAGUGUUUUUGGCGGAGUGCUUCAACCUGUACCCAGACAUCGAAAAGACGCCCGUGGCUGUCAAGACCCUGAAAGACCUCAGCGGCGGUGCACGCAAGGAUUUCUACCGGGAGGCGGAGCUCCUCACGAACCUGCAGCACGACCACAUCGUGCGCUUCUACGGCGUCUGCUCUGAGGGCGAGCCGCUCAUCAUGGUGUUCGAGUACAUGCGGCACGGUGACCUCAACAAGUUCCUCAGGUCGAACAGCCCAGAUUCGUCAUUCCUUGACGACACCCCGCGGCGAGGAAUUUACAGCGGGGAGCUCAACUGCACCCAGAUGCUGCACAUCGCUACACAGGUGGCGUCGGGGAUGGUGUACCUGGCCUCGCAGCGCUUCGUCCACCGCGACCUGGCCACCCGCAACUGCCUGGUGGGAGAGAACAUGCUGGUGAAGAUCGGCGACUUCGGCAUGUCCCGGGACGUCUACAGCACCGACUACUACCGGGUUGGGGGACACACGAUGCUGCCGAUUCGCUGGCUGCCGCCAGAGAGCAUCAUGUACCGCCGCUUCACGGCCGAGAGCGAUGUGUGGAGCUUGGGGGUGCUCUUCUGGGAGAUCUUCACCUACGGCAAGCAGCCCUGGUACCAGCUCUCUAACAACGAGGUGAUCGAGUGCGUGUCGGCCGGCCGGGUGCUGGAGCGUCCGCGCGCCUGUCCCAUGGAGGUCUACAACCUCAUGCUGGGCUGCUGGUGUCGCGAGCCGCACAUGAGGCUGGACAUUCGGACCAUCCACGGGAUCCUCCAGGAGCUCAAGGACAAGUCGCCCAUCUACAUCGACGUGCUCGGAUAGGGCGGCAACCGCGCGGCGCUCUCGCGGGCCUUCGAUAAGUAAAGAAAUAGACGGGUGGGAAAAUUUGAGCGCGCGAGAGAACUAAAUUGAAACUCGAACUACGGGAGUGCGUGACAAAGCUUCAGAGAUGCCCCCCUCCCCAUGCCUCCCGCGAUGCCCUCCCCCCCCCCUCUCCCGGUUCGCCACUUUGUUCACCCGUAAUAACGAGGAGAUGAAAGUGGCGUUAAAAAAAAUUGCCCGACGGUUCUCCCACGUGUUUGUAAAGAAAUAUAUGUAAAAAAAAGGCUGCCAAUUAUAUUUAGCUACUUGCCACGAAAAACAGAGUCCUGGCAACGAGAAGUGUUGGGCGGGGAUGAGUGGAAGGGGGGAGUCAGUGGGCGGGAGGGAGGAGGAGGCACGUUAUUUAAUAAUUUGUUUAUUUGUCAAUGGUUGGGGGGGGAGAGAUCUUCAGAGUAAACGAGUUUUAUAAAAAAAAAUCUAAUUCUGGGGGGUGGUGGGGGGAGAGCCUUGGAGGCACCAGAGGAAGAAAAAAAGGUUUUUAAAAAAUCGCAUUUCGGGUCGAUCAGUCCUGAUUAAGUCUCCUUGGCCGAAACGUUUGUUUCUAUAACCCCCCCCCCCCCCCCUAAGCAACGCCGACUUAUCACCCCUCCGUACUCUCCAUCUUGGGGUCACCGGAGCAAAACAGCGACGCAUCGAUCGUGAGUGGGUGGGGGGUGGGGGGGGGAGCAGAACAGAGACGACGAUCACGCGCGCACGCAAGUUCAAGGCCCUGUAAAGCCGUCGUAUAUUUAUUUAGCCACUUGCUCCUGGCCUCUUUUCACAUAGGCCACUCGCUAAAUCAACGUAACAAAAGGGCAUCGCACGCGAGCGGUGGAGGCGCGGAGGUGGUGGAGUAUUCGCGCCGUGCGAAACCUCAACCGGGUCUCCCCGCUGCCACCGUGCGAUACAACAAAAAUGACAGCGAGCAUCCCGCCGUAACCCCGUUCAUGAGAGGGGGACCAUCAUCGCCGUUGGUGGUGUCCGCUCGUCAUCGUUUUAGCUCGGGGGGGGGGGGGGAGGGGUGCGAUCAUCGUUAGCCAGAGCGCGACGCGUAGCGACAUGCCGGAGAGGGUGGCGAGUCAGCUGUAGACGCCACGCAUGCCACCCUGGGUGCCCUUUCGUGGUGUACACUUUAAAUUGGGUCCCCUCCCCCGAUUCUCCGCUCGUCAAAAAACCCGGCACCAACACGUGCGAAAUUGGAAAAAUUGAAACGAAUUAUUGAAUUCAAUAAAUAUCUUAUGGGAAAGGGGGGGGGGGCAAGGAAUGUCAAACGCGCAGGGAGCAGGAAAAAUGUCCUCGUCUUAAUUCCAUCCUCCGUACCACCUCCACCACCCCCCCCCCCCCCCGGAAAUUUCCAAGAUGCAUCAGCGACGUCGAUCGCGCCCGUGAGUAGCCGCGGCGAGUGGCCGGGCACGGGCAGGAGGAAGCGUGCGGCACGCGAUAAAAUCAGCGGCGACUCGCGGAGAACGCCGAUUUCACGGAACAAAAAAGUGGAACCAAUUGGGAAUUGUGCGCUCAUGCGGAGGGCCCAGGUCGCGACGGCGGCCCGCCCGUCCUCCCACCAGCUCAUCCGCCCGCCCGUCCGCCCGCCUCCGGCUGACCCCCUUGGCACUCUCCAAUUCCUCAUGAGAUUAUUUUCUUUCUUAAUAGCGUCCGUCACUUUCCCGGUGGCCGCACGGCCAUCGGAAGGGGUGGGGGGGGGGCGGUGAAGCAGACAGCCGAGCAGACCGAGCGACCGUGGUGAUGCGCGACUUCUUCUCGAUUAGCGUGCAGUCGCCUACUCGCGUGACGGCACGAUGAAUGACGGAAUGUACGGUGGACGCUUACGGGCUACCUGCUCGUGGAUCAUGGCGAUGAAGAUGAUGAUCCGUAA